CUAUAUACAAUUAUCUGGAGUAAUGUAGAAACGAUGUGUCGUGUUAAUACAAUUCACGAUGUAUAGUGUAUUAUUCAACAAAUCGUAUGUCGACGAUGGACACUAGCGCUAUGACUACUUCACAAACUCGAAAAGUUUUUCUUUUAAUUUGGCGAGUGGGUCAACUUAAACUGACUAGGGUAUAUAAAGCAGAACCGGAUUGAUAAAUUGAGUCUACCAUUAUUAUAUACUAAGAGAAAUAAUCGUGAAGUGUAUUGUGUUUGUGUACAUUGUACAGCAUCGUAUGUCAUUAAGUUUAGGCCAUGACGUAUUCAUCGUGCAUCAUCGAUUUAUGGAUACCGGAAAAUAUCGUAACGUUGUGUUUAGUCAUCGUGGUGACGAUCGCUUAUUAUUUUUCUACUUCGACGUUUAAUAAAUGGAAAAACCUAAAUGUUCCUUACCUUAAACCGUUUCCGUUGUUCGGUAACACGUUGAACCUGGCUUUGGGUAAAUACCAUCCAUUUGUUUUUUAUAAUAAUAUCUAUGAUGAAUUCUCGGGUCAUAAAUACGGAGGACUGUAUCAGAUGAGAACACCGUAUUUGAUGGUUCGUGAUCCAGAGCUAAUCAACAACAUGCUAAUAAAAGAUUUUUCGUCCUUCAACGACCGUGGUAUCUACAAGGAUUUCGAAGUGAAUCCUAUUUUGAAUAACAUAUUUUUCAUGGGAAAUCCUGCAUGGAAAACAUUAAGAAACAAAUUUUCACCUGGUUUCACAUCGGGAAAACUUAAGUUAAUGUAUGAUCAGAUCAAAGAGUGUGGUGAUGAAUUAAUAAAAAACAUUGAUACUAAUUUGAUUAAAAACAAUAAUGAAAUUAAUGUAAAAGACAUCAUAACGAAAUAUUCAGCCAAUGUCAUCGGCUCUUGCGCUUUUGGACUUAAUUUGAAUGUCAUAAACGAUGACAAAUCCGAAUUUUGUAAGUACACUCAAAUGCUAUUUAAACAUUCACUUAAACAGGUUUUUGGACAAAUGUGUUUGAUGAUCAACCCAGCACUUUUGAAAGCUUUAAAAUUGAAGGAAUUUCCAAAAGAGAUAAAUGACUAUUUUAAAAAAAUUAUUAAAGAAACUAUAACGUAUAGAGAAGAAAAUAAAAUAAUCAGAAACGAUUUGGUUCAAAUUAUAAUGCAAGCUAGAAAAGAUCUAAUUUUUAAUACAAAUUUAUCUGAAAACGAAAAAUGUACUGACGUACAUGUAUCAGCAAAUGCUUUUGGUUUAUUUAUGGCUGGGUUACAAUCAGUUACAUCUACUAUAAGUUAUUGUUUAUAUGAACUAGCAUUAAACAAAUCUAUUCAAGACAGAGUACGCGAAGAGAUUCAUUUUAAAUUAUCCAAAAAUGACGGAAAAAUCAAUUACGUGUUUUUGAUGGAUCUUAAGUACUUGGAUAUGGUUAUAGCCGAAACAUUACGUAUGUAUCCUACGUUUAUUGCAUUGUUCAGAAAAGCGACACAAACAUAUCGAGUACCCAACGAUUCAUUAGUAAUUGAAAAUGGACAAAAAAUAAUAAUUCCUGUUUAUGCACUGCAUUACGAUAGCAAGUAUUAUACGAACCCUAAAAAGUUUAUACCUGAAAGAUUUACGACAGAAGAGAAAGCUAAACGGCCAAACGGUGUUUACCUGCCAUUUGGUGAUGGGCCUCGCAUGUGUAUAGGAAAACGUUUCGCAGAAAUGGAAAUGAAAUUGGCAAUUGUUGAAAUGUUAACUAAAUUUGAAGUAUUACCGAGUGAAAAAAUGAAAAUUCCUUUAAAAUAUUCUAAAAACGUUUUCCAACUGUUGCCAAAACAUGGAAUUUGGUUAAAAUUUAAAAGAAUUAAUUAA